CCCGCCCAGGAGGUUCGUUCGCGGCGCUGCCUCCACGCCCCGUCUCCCACCUCGUCCGCGCCCCGCCUUCCCCUCCCUUCGCCUCUGCCCUCCAGUUCCUUCCCCGCCUCGCCCCCUUCCCCCAUCUCGCGAGACUUGGCCCAGAACAUUGCGGAUCGGGUCGGCGCCAUUUUGGGACGGAGACUGGCUGUGGGGGAGGGAAAAGCGGCAAAAGGGGAUUAUUCAAAGUACCGAGAUCUUCGUCCCGGGACCGACAGCGGGCACCCCAGGCCGGGGACACCUGCGGGGUGGCAGGAGGUGAUCGGAUUACUCAGGUACGAAGAUCGUCUUCUAGGUUUCGUGGAAAAGCCCCGGAUAUCUCAAGUGGCCAUUUUGGAAUUACAGUGUUUCUGGGCAGCUCUGCCCCAGAAGUUGCCUGAGACCGCGGGAGGCGUCUCCGGAGCGAGUGGGUAGCGGUGCGGAGCUCCGCGGGCUCCCUGAACGGAACCCGGCUGUCCUCGGUGUGGGGUGCACGCGACGUACGUCACCGGCUGAAGUGUCGCAGCUGCUGGCGGUCCCCGCCCCCCACCCCUGUGUCUGCAGCCCGAACUGUGAGAUAUGCGUGGUUUGCGCGCCGAGUGGUCUCGGAAGUGUCCAGUCACUGUUUAGACAGUGCCGGAGUCCCACGGCGGUUUAUUUUUAUCCCGAUUAAAACUUUUAGGAACUUUUGACCUCCGCCUCUUUCAUGGCAUAAUGGGACUGCCUUUCUGAAUGAAGACUUCGAAAGAGCACAGAGUUUUUUUCCUUUCAUCUUUUAUUUACGUGGAAAUUUAAGAUGUUGCCACUUCCCAGCAGCAUGGUAGUGUCGAGAUAGCUGCGUCUCGAGUGCUGAUGUUCAGGAAUGCUCUUCCGAUGUGACGUUUUCUUUUCGUUUUUGCUUUUCGGCUCAUAAAAGCAAAUUCAUCUGGCUAUUUCAUCUCGAGUGGAUACGUACAGCAGUGACAAGUACAUGGAAUAAUCAGGAAGCCCUUGCACUCCUGCACCCGAGGACGCGGCUGGUUGCGGAGGUAGCGACAGGAACCCUCGACAGCGGAAGCAUGGGCAGCUGACUUGAAGGAGUAACUCUAUGUCAGAUAGUCGUAGGUCGAGUGUCUUUAGAGAACUCGAAUUUUAUUUCAGAGGAUACAAAAUAAAAAAACAAACUGGAAAACACAAAGAUAACAGAGAAAACCCCAACACCUUCCUGUGCGGUCCUGCUGGAAUUUGGACUUGCCAUGAGGUGUUGAAGCCCUGUUUCAUUGAGGCGGAGAGACUGGACCUAAAUGGCGCAGCAUGACUUUGCUCCAGCCUGGCUUAAUUUUCCCACUCCACCAUCAUCAACAAAGUCUUCACUGAAUUUCGAGAAGCAUCCUGAGAACUUUUCAUGGACAGAGAGUCGUUACGAUGUGAACCGCCGACGACACAACUCUUCAGAUGGCUUUGAUUCCGGCGUUGGACGUCCUAACGGAGGUAACUUUGGAAGGAAAGAGAAGAACGGAUGGCGGACGCAUGGAAGAAAUGGAGCUGAAAACAUAAAUCACCGGGGCGGGUUCCACGGCGGGGGCAGCUCCCGCUCUCGCAGCAGCGGCUUCCACCCUGGGAAGAGUCAGGGGCUGCACGAGAACAGCACCCCUGACAGCGACGCCGGCAGGAGAGAGGACAAGAGGGAGCGCAGGCAGUUUGAGGCCGAGGACUUUCCAUCUUUAAAUCCUGAGUAUGAGAGAGAACCAAAUCAGAAUAAGUCUUUAGCUGCAGGUGUAUGGGAGUACCCUCCGAACCCUAAAUCCAGAGCUCCAAGGAUGCUGGUCAUUAAGAAAGGGAACGCAAAAGACUUCCAGCUCUCUGGGUUCCCAGGAGUCGGAAAUCUUCCGUCACAGCCAGUUAAGAACGGGGCUGGUCCAAGUGUCUAUAAAGGGCUAGUCCCGAAGCCUGCUGCUCCGCCUUCAAAACCUCCACAGUGGAAAAGCCAAACUAAAGAGAAUAAAGGGGGCGCUGCUUUCUCUCACGAGUCUGCAUACGGCGCUGGCAACUUCAAUGCUUUCAAGUCCGCUGCCAAGAGCUUCAGCCCGUCAGCAGCUUCCGCGAAGGAGUGUCACCGCUCCAACUCCUCUUCGCCCGUGGACAGGCUCGGUCAGCAGCCCCGGCUCACCAAGCUGACGCGGGCGCGCACGGACAAGAAGAGCGAGUUCCUGAAGGCCCUGAAGCGGGACCGAGUGGAAGAGGAGCACGAGGACGGGCGCCGCGCCGGCUCGGAGAAGGACGACGACCCCUUUAACCUGCACAACAGCAACAGUGCCCACCAGGAGAGGGACAUAAACCGGAACUUCGACGAGCACGAGCUCCCGCAGGAGAACGGCAAUGCCGUGGUGGUUUCCCAGCAGGUCGUCCGCUCGUCCACCUGUCCUCAGAGCGACGUGCUUUCAAGUUCACUUGAGGCAGAGCACAGGCUGCUGAAGGAGAUGGGCUGGCAAGAAGACAGCGAGAACGACGAGACCUGCGCCCCCCUGACUGAGGACGAGAUGCGGGAGUUCCGGGCCAUCAGCGAGCAGUUACGGAAAAAUGGUCUGAGGAAAAACGGUGUUUUGAAAAACGGCCUGAUCUGUGACUUCAAGUUCGGGCCCUGGAAGAACUGCACCUUCAGGCCCACGGUCGAGAACGAGGACUCGGAGACGAGCAGCAGCGACACGUCGGACGACGACGACGUGUGAGCCGUGGCUCUGCCGGCGUGGGCGGGGCGCGGGAUGGACAGCUGUACCCUACGUAGUGAGACACCCCAGUAGAAGACAAUUUGGGGGGGACUUCAGCACGAAGAAGCCAGGAGCGCUGUGUCGGGCUGUGUCGAGCGUGACUCUGUGCGUGGGUGUCGUGGCAAUGCGGACUCCGGCCGACCGGCACUGGCCCCUCCACCACUGCAGCAUUUCUCUGACUAGCAAUGUGACGAUGUAACAGAUGAGAUUUUCUCAUUUAAUAAUAAAAAAUUGUGUAAUGUUUUGCAAAGCUUCUGUCUUAAAAUGUCCAGGUCUUAAGAAACAAAGGCAGCUUGCACUGCUUUGCUCGCAGAGCCGUGUCUUUUCCGUGCCGUGGAAAACCCUCGAACCCGCCCCGUGCGCCCCCCCGCCCCCAAAGGACACUGCAGCAUGUCGGCCGGCGCCGGCGCGGGGACCUCGGGCCUGGCUGUCUCGCGAGUCGCCCAUCAGCGUGCACUCUGCUCUCCAGCCCUCGCAGCUCGGGAACUGGCACGGGGAGCCUGGCCACGCGCUCUUCCUGGGGGACAAGGUGGCUCUCCGGAGCUCUCCGGCUGUGCUGUCGGGCCGGGGCUUUCAGAGGUGGUGCAGAGUGUUGUGGGAAGACUUAUUUUGAUAAAUUAUUACACGUGCAGACAACUGGCCACACUGACUGGAUCUGUCCACAACAUGGAAAAUAAACUGGAUUUUCAGAG